AUGAAACGCUGCGCUUCAUCUGCAGCUUCUACCAUUACUUCUUCCUCAACUUGUCCCGUAGCUGGUGCUCCAGCUUCUUCUACGACUAUCCGCUCGUUUGAAGAAAUUCCUGGGCCUAGCACAAUUUCGAGAAUUCUGGGCAAAAAUCGCUCCUUGAUCAGAAGUAAAAAAUCAAUUGCGCACUAUUAUGAUUGGCUUGUGGAUUUGCACAAAUGCUAUGGACCUAUUGUCAAAGUCAAUCAGGGAUUUGGAAGGGGAUAUGUUGUGCACGUUUUUGACCCAGAAGAUGCACGACAAGUAUUUGCAUCUGACGGCCGUCAACCAUUCAUAGUUCCGCUGCAAGAGACUACUCAACGAUAUCGCGAGAUGAAAGGGAUGAAUCCAGGACUGGGAAAUUUAAACGGCGAUGAAUGGUAUCGAUUACGGUCAUCAAUUCAACAAGUGAUGAUGAGACCACAAGCUGUACAGAACUAUCAGCCCAGUAGGUCAAUCGCCAAAGACGAAGAGCAGGAUUCUGCUUGUAAUUUCUUUAUUGUGCAAAAGGAUAUAAAUUCUAGGCUAAGGUUUGCAUUUCCAUUCUAUAAAUACUUCUCCACGCCAAAAUGGAAGAAAAUGGUAAAACUUGAGGACAAAUUUUACAGAGAAGCAAAUUUGUUGAUCGAGGAAGCCAUACAGAAACUGCGCGGUACAUCUCAGACAGAGGAAGAGAUGAAGUUUGCUAGUCUGCUGAUUAAUCGGAAGGAGUUGAAUGACAAAGAUGUUGCCAUCAUUCUUUUGUCAAUGUUUUCAGAUGGUUUAAGCACUACCGCUCCUAUGCUGAUCUACAAUCUCUUCAAUAUCGCUUCCAAUCGAGAAGCUCAGGAUAAACUUAGACAAGAAGUAAAUACUGCUGUCGAUCGAGAUAAAGAAGCUCAGGACAAACUUAGACAAGAAGUAAAUAUUGCUGUCGAUCGAAAUAAAGAAAUCACGCCAACUGUACUCUCUCAUUUACCAUUUCUUCGUGCCUGCAUCAAAGAAACUUUUCGGUUGUUCCCCAUAGGAACGGAAAUCUCACGGAUCCCACAAAAAGAUUUGGUUCUCAGUGAAAUCACGCCAACUGUACUCUCUCAUCUACCAUUUCUCCGUGCCUGCAUCAAAGAAACUUUUCGGUUGUUCCCCAUCGGGACAGAGAUCUCACGGAUUCCACAAAAAGAUUUGGUUCUCAGUGGUUAUCGCGUGCCCACUUGUACACCUGUAGAUGUGAACACAAAUGUCCUUAUGAAAUCCAAGGCACUAUUCGAAGAUCCACUUUCCUUCCAACCAACCAGAUGGUUGCGAGAUAGUACAGCUCGCCAUGAUUUUCAUCCCUUCUCCUUCCUUCCAUUUGGCUUUGGUCCACGAAUGUGUGCUGGACGUCGAUUCGCUGAGCAGGAUUUACUAGUUGUGUUGUGUCGACUCGUCCAGAACUUUCGAAUUUCACAUCGGCACUCACCCAUUGAGCAAAUCUAUGAGACUUUGUUGUUACCCAAGGGCUGUUGUGACUUUCAUUUCGAACAGUUGUGA